AUGGACAACGGAGAGCGGGAGCAACUCGCAACAUUUAUGGGCCAUACAUCUAAAACCCAUAAUGAAUGGUAUAGAUUACCGUCGGAUAUAUACCAAACGGCAAAGGUUUCAAAUAUUUUAGUCAUGGCCCAAAAGAACUCAAUUGAGCAUAAGGGGCGUAAAUUGGAUGAAUUAGAUGUAGAUUAUACGUUUGUUGAAACAGUGGAAAAAGAACUCCACCAGGAAGUGCCCCGGGGAAUGGUUAUUUUAAUUCCAAACAGAGAUAUGUUUUAUAAUCCAGAUGUAGAUAUAAUUUCUGAAAGAGAUAAUAAUUUUACGAAUAAUAGAGGUGCUACGAAUUCUGGAGAAACAAGUCCUGACUCUGAUCAUGAUUUUGAACAAUCUCUACCACAAGUUCGCGUUAGAACAAAUCAAAGAAAUACUGUUGUUUCCAGAAGAAGAGUUACAAAUACUGAAGAAACAAAUCCUGACUCUGAUCAUGAUUUUGAACAAUCUUUACAACAAGUUCGCGUUAGAGCAAAUCAAAGAAAUACUGUUGUUUCCAGAAGAAGAGUUACGAAUACUGAAGAAACAAAUCCUGACUCUGAUCAUGAUUUUGAAAAAUCUUUACAAGUUCGCGUUAGAGCCAAUCAAAGAAAUACUGUUGUGUCCAGGAGAAGAGUUACAAUUGAACAAAAUAGUGAUAACUCUGAUGGUGAAGUUUUAUCACCAAUACGACGCAAUAACAAUACAAACCUAUCACCAUUAACAAUUGUUGGAAGUCAAUCUUUUCAAGUAACAGAAGAACUCCACCAGGAAGUGCCCCGGGGAAUGGUUAUUUUAAUUCCAAACAGAGAUAUGUUUUAUAAUCCAGAUGUAGAUAUAAUUUCUGAAAGAGAUAAUAAUUUUACGAAUAAUAGAGGUGCUACGAAUUCUGGAGAAACAAGUCCUGACUCUGAUCAUGAUUUUGAACAAUCUCUACCACAAGUUCGCGUUAGAGCAAAUCAAAGAAAUACUGUUGUUUCCAGAAGAAGAGUUACAAAUACUGAAGAAACAAAUCCUGACUCUGAUCAUGAUUUUGAACAAUCUUUACAACAAGUUCGCGUUAGAGCAAAUCAAAGAAAUACUGUUGUUUCCAGAAGAAGAGUUACGAAUACUGAAGAAACAAAUCCUGACUCUGAUCAUGAUUUUGAAAAAUCUUUACAAGUUCGCGUUAGAGCCAAUCAAAGAAAUACUGUUGUGUCCAGGAGAAGAGUUACAAUUGAACAAAAUAGUGAUAACUCUGAUGGUGAAGUUUUAUCACCAAUACGACGCAAUAACAAUACAAACCUAUCACCAUUAACAAUUGUUGGAAGUCAAUCUUUUCAAGUAACAGACUCGAUUGAAUCUACAACCAAUUCAAUCUCUAUCACAGCUGAUAUAGAAUACCCUGUUUUACCUGUCAACAAUGAAGACUCCGAAGUAUUCCCUGUGAUAAUGAGAAGAGAAAAUAUUUUGGAAGAGAUGUUGCAAUUAUACGAAGAUGAAACUAUUGUACAAAAAAUGAUUAAAGUAACAUUUGAAAAUGAACAGGGGCUGGACUUUGGAGGCCUAACUAAAGAAUUAUUCUCGGUAUUCUGGGAAAAAUGUGUACUUGAAUUUUUUAGAGGGGAAAACCGAAUGGUACCGUUUUUACCAUUAUCGAAAAUGCGAAAAGGCGUCGAUAAAAAAUUUCCAGUUAUUGGGAGAAUUUUAACCCAUGGAAUAAUUUUAACAAAAUAUAUUCCUACGAUGCUUUGCAAAACUGUAUUUUUAAAAUUAAGUUCCGCAGAAACUGAUAUACCUAAUGAAAUAUUAUUAGAAGAUUUCUUCUUUUUUCUGACUCCUUCAGAACGGUCAUUGAUUUUUAAAGCAAAAAAUAAGUUUGAUCAACUGACUAAUAUAGAGCAGGAUCUACUGUUGGAGUUUUUUGCAACGUUUGGGCUUGCAGAACUGCCCAAAGCCUCCGAAAUUGAGGAUCAACUCCACAUUAUAGCAAGAAAUAUUUUAUGUUUAGAAAGCAACAACUUUUUGAAGCUAAUAAAAGAUGGCAUUCCACUAUUUUGUGAAAACUUUUUUGAAGAGUUAAGUGUUAAUAAAGUGAACGCUUUAUUUGCACAACAAGCACCUACACCUGACAAAAUUUUAAAAGCCCUGAAAACAGACCCAGAGGACCUAAAUAAUUUUCAGGCUCGUGUUUAUUACUUUUUUAAAACAUACAUAAAAAAUAUGUCUUUAAAUAAACUUGCAACAUUCUUACAAUUUAUCACUGGAUCUCCACAUAUGCCAGAAUUUAUUACAAUUAGCUUUAAAGCAGGGGAUUACCCAGUAGCCCACACCUGCUCAAAUGUACUAGAAUUACCAACGACUUAUUCCAGCUCUCAGGAAUUAAAAUUUCAGUUCGAAGCAAAUUUAGAAAAUGAAAUUUGUUUUCAAUAUUCGGCCCUCUAA